UCACACUUCACUCACCUUGCGUAAGCAAGCCCACACGCUCUCACGCACACGCACACGAGUGUGUAGAUCUCUCCACCAGUACCACGAUGUCCUUGUUGCCUCACGUGAUCUCGAGGGCGAGCGGCAGAGCUGCCCUCUGCUGGCGCCGUACGCCCGGAGUUGCCUCCGUGCGCGCUCUGAGCAUGGCCAACAAGGCCGGAGGAGCGGGGAAGCCUGACAUGGCUCUCAUCAAGGAGCUGCGGGAAGCCUCCGGCGCUCCAGUCGUUGACUGCAAGAACGCCCUAGCGGCGGAAGGCGUUAACGGCGACAUCGCGCAAGCGUUCCAAUGGCUCCGGAAGAGGGGUAUCGCCAAGGCCACCUCGAUGGCCGACAGAUCCGCCAACGAAGGCCUGAUCGGUCUGCGCGUGGAUGGACCCCACGGCGCCCUCGUGGAGGUGAACAGCGAGACAGACUUCGUGGCUAGAAACGCAAAGUUCCAGGAGUUCGUAAAGAAGGCCCUGGAUGUUGCUCUCGAGAAGGCCAAGGCGGCGGCCGGGGGGACGGAGGUCCCGGCUUCGCGAGAGCUUGACGUGAGCGAGCUUCUUCGGGAGGACCACCCAGGAUCGGGGGAGUUGCUGGCGGACACGCUGGCGCAGCUGGUUGGAGCCAUCCGAGAAAACAUCACCAUCAGUAGAGCACACGUGGUGUCCUUGGGUGGCGACGGGAAGGGUGUGGUGGCCGGCUAUGUGCACGGGGCAACGGGACUGCCCGGAAUGGGCAAGAACGCCGCGCUCGUGGCUCUAAAGCUCGACACCACCGCAGCAGGCGAAGACACCGCUACUACGGAGACCCUCGACGCGAGCGCCAAGUCUCUGGCCAUGCACGUGGUCGCGGCGAGGCCGGCGUUCUUGGACGAGUCCUCCGCGCCGGAAGCGGCGCUGGAGAAGGAGAAGAAGCUUCUUCUCGAGCAGGCCGAGGAGAGCGGGAAGGACCCCAAGGUUCUGGGCAAGAUGGUCGAGGGCAGGUUGAGAAAGUAUUUGGAGACCAACGCCCUGACUAGACAGGCGCACAUGGUGGCCGAGGGGAACCCGAGGGUGGCCGACCACCUUACGAGCCUGGGAGAGGAGGUCGGUGGCACGGUCACCUUGGAAGGCUUCGCAAGGCUAGCGGUAGGGGAGAGAGAGCCAGCCCCGUCUUCGAGCGAUUGA